CAAACAGGAACAUGGCUGCCGGUGUUUGACACAGCAGCAUCUCCAUUUAUUCUUUAUUUUUGUCGGACUGACAGCCCUCGUAAGAGUGUUCUUAAGUUUAACUGUACAUUUCCAUCUGAACAAGAACAUCUGUGGAUUAUUAGCACGAUCUCUGAAAAACGCGUUUUUGUUGCUUUCGCCACGCAAACAGUGAAUCAACAUGGCAAGUCCGAGGACCAGAAGAGUUUUGAAGGAAGUAAGAACCCAAGAUGAAAAUAAUUUGUGCUUUGAGUGUGGGGCCUUCAACCCUCAGUGGGUAAGCGUGACCUACGGGAUCUGGAUCUGUCUUGAAUGCUCUGGAAAACACAGAGGCCUGGGAGUUCAUCUCAGUUUUGUGCGUUCUGUCACCAUGGAUAAGUGGAAGGAUAUUGAGCUUGAGAAGAUGAAAGCAGGAGGAAAUGGCAAAUUCCGCUUGUUUCUCGAACUUCAAGAUGACUACAAUCCCAAUUGGACCUUGCAGGAGAAGUAUAACAGCCGAGCUGCUGCGCUCUUUAGGGACAAGGUUGCAACUUUAGCAGAAGGAAAGGAGUGGUCUAUAGAGACAUCUUCUGCCAAAAAUUGGACAUCACCUCAACCCAAGACCAGCCUUUCAUCCUCCCAUCGAUCUGGAGGACCUGGCACGACCUCUGCCAAAUCUAGUGAUAAAGCCUUUGAAGACUGGCUGAGUGAUGACGUCAAUUCCUAUCAGAGUGGAGGGGGUUACAGUGGGAAUCAAGAGAACCGAUACGUUGGCUUUGGCAACACUGUAACCCCAGAGAAAAAGGAGGAGGACUUCCUAAACAAUGCUAUGUCCUCCAUUUAUUCAGGUUGGAGCAGCUUCACUGUUGGGGCUACCAAGUUUGCUUCCAUUGCAAAAGAUAAUACGACUAAACUGGCAAACCAAGCCACCUUGAAGUUAAGGGGCUAUAAGGCGCCCCCAGAACCGGCCACAGAGUUAGGACAGACAAUAAAUGAGAAUGUUAUCAAACCUACCCAAGAAAAGGUGAAAGAUGGCAAAUUGCUAGAUGAAAUGACAGUCGGCAUCACUGGGUUGGCAAACAAGGUUCAGGGAGCUGGUGCCAAACUGACCAAUCUUUUCUCGGGAAAAUCAGAAGAUGGGGCUGCUGGAGAUAGCUACCAAAACAUGGACGCUGGCGAGGGAUAUCAGGGCAGUUCCAGCCAGCCCAUGUCAAAGGACUUCUGGGAAACAUUUGGGAGCAACAAUUCCUUAAAGGCCAAGAAAUCUCCAAGCAGUGACAGCUGGACCAUUGCAGAUAAUUCUGCAAAGAAGAGCUCUGACAGUUGGGACAAUUGGGGCUCAGAUGCUGCGUCCAACAACAAACACAGCACAGAGGAGAGCUGGGAGGCCUGGGAUAACAACUGGGAGAAUGCAGAUGGUAAGACCAAGAAGAGCCCCACGAAACCUGCUGAGGAAACCUGGGGUAAUGCAGACUGGUAGUCAUCUCACAUACCUCCUCUUUUCUUUCCCUCUUGGCCUCUCUUUCACCAUGAAUCCCACUGGCACUUUCAGGAAAGGAGCUGAAUCAGUUCACUUUCUGUCAAUCCGUUCUAAGCAGACCCCUCCAGGAUUUCGCAUGUUGCGGUUGCGCUAAUUCACACAAAUUCAACCAAGCCCCACAAAUUAUGCACAGCCAAUGCCGACAACAUCACCGCACAUUUUGGCCGAUCGAAUUUGUCCCUGAGCAGUGCUCAAGCGUGUACGUCAACUACCUAACAAAUGAAAUGUGUCCCUGCAUGCACCCACGUCCUCACGUUGUUUACAUUAACACAGAUCACAUUAAUCAUUAAUCUCUCCACAUCUCUAAUUUACCAACAAAAAUCACCACUAUAGAUCACGCUCAAUGGUUCUCGACGAAAGUGGGGGUAAACGCCGUGCAAUAUGUUGGAACAUAAUCAGAGGUUUACGAUUGACAAGCACUUUUCAACCGCAAAACAUAUGACUGCAACUUGUGGACGACAAAUAGACGGGGGGGUCUUUUGGUGGUGUUUGCUUUCCUAAUGCAAUCAUUUGAAAAUUGGUUCACUUUAAGUGCUGUCUGGCUUACGUUUCAAUUCAAUGCUGUGUGGUGAGUGAAACAGUAAUAUUUGUUUUCCAAACUAUGUACACAUUUGAAGUAAAGCAAAUUGCGCGCUUUUAGGGGUUUGAGGGACUAUAUGCAAGUCGCUACAAAUUAAAUAUUUUGGGACAAAAAAAAUAUGUUGUUACGAUACAUUCAAUGAUACCUAUAAUUAUCAUUUUAGGUGGCAACAAUCGCAAAAAAGCCUGCGAAAUCCUGGUGGAACUGUCUAAUGUUCUAUGUUGAACAUAGGCUCCAAAAAAAUUAACAUGGCCCAGUUUUACAUGAAUUGCAUGAUGAAAUAAAAUUAUAUUCUUAAAAACUAAGCUAUAGCGAAUUGCAAUUUUGUAUAUUAUUGUAAAUGAUCUCCACCAGAGAAAGUAGUUCUGUGUAUAUAUAUAUAUGAUCAUAAAUACAAAUCCAAGCCCCCAAACUGGAGUUGAAAAGGCCAAAAUGUUCGUACUGUUUCAUACUUGUUACAUUGUGAUACUAUCUCAUUCGCAUCUAAAAGAAAGUUUUGCAUGAGAUACUAAAUUUAUUGGAAUAUAAAUCACUGUAAAUACAGAAUGACACACCACAUUGACUUAUUCCACCCCAGAUGAUUGUCAAACAAUAUAUAUAUAUAUAUAUAUAUAUAUAUAUAUAUAUAUAUAUAUAUAUA